AAAGUCUCCCAGUGUGAAGUAGCAUAAGCACGGGGACAGAGAGAGUGGUUAAAAUUUGAAGGAUUAUGGCUUCCUCUUCUUCUGCUCCGUUUGAUGAGUGUGAUCAGGAAGGUUUAGGGUUAUCGCAAGAAGACUACGACCUGAUGUAUGGGUCUGAAUCCGGAUGGGUGGAGGCUCGAUCUUCGUGCGAUCAUCUUGCCUCCUUAUCCGCCGAUCUCAGCCACAUUCCGCCUCCCGGCACACCCUGUCACACCUGCCAACACCCCUCCGAAAACUGGCUCUGCCUCUCCUGCAAGCAGGUCCUCUGUGGCCGUUUCGUCAACAAGCACAUGCUCCACCACUUCCACCACACUAAUCACUCUCUCGCCCUCAGUUUCAGUGAUCUCUCCUUCUGGUGUUUCUCCUGCGACGCUUACUUGGAUGCCCAACUCAUUCCCCAACUGCGCCCUGUUCAUCAACUAGCUUACAUCAUGAAAUUCGGCGAGCCUCCACCACUCCCUCUUAUUCAACAUCAACCUUCCUCUGCCACCUCGGAUUAGUAAAUCUCCUGUUAACUUAUAUCGCUGCUUUUGCCGUUGGAUAGUAUAAUGGCAGGCAAUUGGAACUGAUUUACCUGCAUGACACUCUUUAUCAUAUGAUUGGACUGGAGUAAUGCAGUAACUAAUAAUAUAAGAUAAGGUACCUCAAAAUAUCACAACACUGACGCCAAUUGAUAGUUUUUUUUGUGUGACAACCACGGACUAUGGGAUGCAGAUGAAUUGAAGAAGGAUGAUAUGAACUAGAUGUAACUUCUAUAUUUAGCCUUUGAAAUUACGCAUGAGGAAUGAAAUAUUUUAUGAAUUUAGUUAAGUUCAACGAAUUAAAUGCAAAUGCUUUACUUGAGUCGAUUAUGGUUCUAUGAAUUACCCAAGUUUCACCUGUCUCAUCAUUGUUUAGUAAAAACAAAAUUCUUCUGUUAAUUCCUUGCCGACUACUGCCAUGUAUUUCUUGUCACACUUGAGUCUAUUAUUGUCAAGCUUGAUUGGUUCUACAGUUCUGACCACAUGGAUUUAGUUGAGUGAUGGUUUAAUCCGUAUUUCCAAAAUCAUUAAGAGUGAGACCUAUCCUUCGAUGCUUAACAAGAGCCGGUUCUGGUUAAACGAAACUUAGU